GUAAGCACCCAAACAAAACCUUAAAUUCAAGCAAUAUGGUGGACGAACUUUGACAAUUUGUGCUUCUUUGCUGAUUUUAUUGGCGUUUUGCGUUUCUUUUGUUGCCGAAAGCUCAUCGUGAGGUGCUUCGUAUUACAAAGAAAUAAAGAUAAUAUACAUAGUGAACAGUCUCCAAUUUCAAUUACUGACAAAAUAAUAAAAAUGAACAACGAAAAUCUUCGUUACAAAAGUUAAAAUCGUUAGCAACGGUUAUCAAGAGUAUUUCAGCCAUACUUUGGAGCCGUCUAAAAUGAUAAAAGAAAGAGGAAGUCAAUGAUAUCCUGGUAUUCCGUCCUUUCCUGCAGUAGAUCACCGUGGUUAUAUUGGACUCGAACCCACUCCCUACUCAACGUAUGAAAGCGUCACUAGCCUUAGUCCUCGUGCGUUGCUUUAUUCUCCAUAUGUCGCUGCACCACGUUUAUCUCAAGCUUACCAAUCAUCGCGCUAUCAACGACGCAUGCGUAUCCGUACAAACUUCUCUCAAUGGCAAAUUGAUGAGCUGGAACGAGCGUUUGAGGCGACCCAUUAUCCUGACGUCUUUAUGAGAGAAUCUCUUGGUGCGAGGUUGGAUCUCACUGAAGCAAGAGUACAGGUGUGGUUUCAAAAUCGUCGUGCAAAAUGGCGUAGAAAAAGAAGAACCGUUAAUGAAGAAAAUGAAAACGAGAUGUUGACCUGCGACGACGAAGGUGGCGAUGAUGCUACGGGCUGUGAAUAUUUUGCUUCGGAGAUUAAAACGAAGGAGAAAAUUCAAUUGAGAGAAAGUGAUGAAUUGGAAGACGUUAAUGAAGAAAACGAUGAUGUUGAAAAAGCUCUGAAUGGUGAUUUGACCACUGGAACAAGUGAUGAUAUGAAUGUAACAAGAGAAAGCUUCCCUGGUUUGCAUCCAUCAGAAGAACAACACAGAGUGAAUGUGUAGAAAUUAAAAACUUCACUUCACAAAAGGAUUAUACUCCGAAGCAAUAUAAAAGUUCCGUUGUUUAUAAAUUCAAUUGCCCUAAAUGUAAUGCUUCUUAUGUUGCGAAGAUUGACAGAUGCCUUUACGCACGAAUUAAAGAACAUGCAAAAUCAGACAAAUCAGAGAUUUACUAUCAUACAAAUAAUUGUGAGAAAUUCAAUUUCUUCACAUAAAAAAUCGGAGAUUUUAAAGCAUAUUCACGUACAGGUCAGGUGCUCUACCUUAUCUGAAAUAGCCUCUAUACAUUAUAUAUACAUUCUUGAAAACCUUAAAUUGAUGAAUCGCAAGGAAAAAUGAUCCCCAAAUCAGUUUAUAUUAUUGGCAAAUGCUACGCAUCUUUGACUAGACCACUGCCAUAUAGCAAAUAAGCCAAGGAUUUCCAACAUGCAAAAUGAACACAAAAAUUAACCACUCGAUACAGUGAUACCAUAAAUUUUUCUCUUCAUAUAAUCAAGCUAUGUAAUAACACGUACUGUCGAACAGAAUUUUACGUUUCUACCUAAAAUUUCUUUUUAAUUUUUAAUUUGAAACAUUCCUUGUACAAUAGUCAUCAAAAUUAACCGGAAAAAGCAAAGUAAAGAGGAACAAGCAACUCACUUAAAAAACCUAUAAUAUCUCAAUUAUUCAUUUUAACUCCUCUUAAUAAGUAACAUCAAAAAUAUGUUAACUAUAAGAGAAGUGUUGUGUGAAAAUAAAAGUCUCUCCCGCAACAUAA